GAAAUGUGUAAAUGAAAGCGAAGCAAAAAAGGUGACAGACUGGGUCUACAUAGUAGAGUCAAAAGUUUGGGAACAUAGUGACGGGAUGCAACUGCUGGACUCGCUGCUGUCGUCCUAGCCGUUUGAUGCGACGAAGCCUCUAAUUCGUCGGGGAAUUUGGAACCCAAAAAUCUUUCCGACAUGAAGAAAAACGAAGCCGAAGAAUUCCGCCAAAGUCUUCCUAAUAUCGGAUCAUGCAAGUUUCUCCCUGCGGUCCGGGCCACGCCAGGCUCAGGACUGGUGUGUUGAUUUGAGGACAAACUCUAACAGGACAAGCUCUACAUUCAGAUUUCCUCAUCCUUCGCUUGCAUUCAGAACGGACUCCACGCUCGCUUUUUCGCCAGAGUUACCGCUGUUGCUCCCUCUUUUUCGCCACUUUCGCUUCCACUCCUUCCGAGAUUUUCUCCCAGAACUGACCAAAGAAAGACGGAGAGAGAGGUUUCUCUUCGCCUGUCUAGGACGGCAGGGCUUCUGGUGAGACCCUGCCACCAUGUCGAUCUGUUCGCGUACUGCGGGCUUGGCGCCUCGCGUGGGCGUUGCCAGUCUUUUGUCCGCGGGCAGGCGUUCAGCGCGAGACAAAACGGUCAGCGAUUUGGCAUGCUUCGAGGUCAGCAGUCGCGCUGUUCACUCUCGCGCCCAGACUCACCACGGAGACUCGCAAAAGUCAGAGACCACUCCCUCGUGGAGUGCUCAUCGAUCGAGUGUGCACACACCUCUUUCUGUGCCGCAAAACGCCCUCUCUCACUCCUGGCACACCGUCGCCGUGGUGGAAAAGAUGAGCAGCACGCCUAUUCGGCCCAUGACGAUCAAACGCCUGCUCCAGCUGGAACCUGCAAACGACGCCUCGCUCCUCAGAGGGGCUGAGUGGAUUCGAGAAGAACUUCCAGUGCGUCUAUCCCACCGGUUGUACGACUUCCACCGUCUGCCGUUUGUUGCGGUGACAAAUCCUCUCGUCCACUCUGUGUACGAAACGUAUCUGAAGACGUUUGACCGCAUGAGGCGUCUUCCGCCUCUCAAAACGGUUGCCGACAUGAAUGCCUUUGUCCAGCUUGUCGAGAAGGAGAGAUCAACACAUGAUCGGACAGUUGACUUGAUGGGGCAGGGAGUGCGGCAACUUCGUCGCAUUUGCCGAGAUGUCGAUUUGAAUUCCUUCUUAGAGAGAUUCUUCUACUUUCGAAUCGGCAGGCGGGUUAUGAUUGACCAGUUGGUUCACCUCCAGAGCAAACAGGAAGGAUGGCAAGGCAUCAUCCACUUGAACUGUCACGCCGCCAAAAUCAUCGAGCAGAGAAGCAAGGACGUGCGCGAGUCGUGUCGCCACUCUUACGGCCUCGCUCCCCGUGUUGUCAUUUCAGGAAACACCGACAUGAAAUUCGCAACGAUUCCUGACCAUCUGGCUCUGAUUGUCACGGAGGUUUUGAAGAACGCACUUCGCGCGACGGUGGAGUUCCACACGAUGGGAAAUUCUCUCGUCGAUGCCACAACACGAGGCCUGAUCCAGGAAGACGAAGACCUGCCUGAAGUGAAAGUCGAGGUCUACAAGGGAAAACGAGAAGUCGUCAUCAAAAUCUCCGACAAAGGCGGCGGCGUUCCUCCUCCAAAGCUGCAGGACAUUUGGAGCUUUGGGUACAGCACCGUGGGAGACAGCAACACGAAGAUGCAAGAGAAUUCUUCUGGCCUCGGCGAAAACUUCAUUCGCUCCGAUAUGGCUGGCUAUGGCUUCGGUCUUCCGCUGGCGCGGGCGUUCGCUCGCUAUUUCGGAGGAGACAUUCACGUUCAGUCGCAUUUCGGCAUCGGAACAGACGUGUACAUCACGUUGAAUCAUAUCGGAGAUAAAGAAGAGGCAUUGUACUACGAGGAGCGCCCCGAACUGCGUUUGGAACACAAAGCGCCAGGCUAGGCGAAGAAGGAGGGGAGAAAUUUGCGUCUGAAGUACUUGCUGAAGUCGCCCGCGAGAGUCAUCGUGGCCAGACGUGUGUCCUACAUUUUUUCUUGGCGGAGCGGCUUACGGGACGGCAUUGCUGCGUUUGACAUUUAUUCAGAAAAACAUUUUCUAAAUGGCUCUAUCUCGCCUUUUACGGGACGCUCACUACUCGUCAUUCUACAGAGAACGAGCAACGCUUUUAUCAGGGCCGGGGCCUUCCUUUGUUUCAAGUCUGACAGCCGUAUGCUCACGUCGGCGGAAUGUCUGUGUAGUGCCGCGCUUUUCAUGCUUACUACUUGUCAUUCUGUUAAGGGCGAUAAGUCCUCUUCUCCGUUUACAACAGGGGUUGCCUGUUUUUUAGUCCGUCAUGUGAUCACAUCUGUGAAUGACGAUUUUUGAACUCGUGACCGGUGUUGUUUCAAGUUAACGCGGUGUGAGAUCGCCCAGGAUGUGCACCGAAAGACGAGCAGCGUCUUGCUUGAAGUAAAAGCGAAAGUUGCGUUGUGAAGCUUUCACCCAAGCAACAAUCACGCUUUUCGGAACAGUGGUUUGAUAUCUUCGCAUACAUUCACAUGUUGUCUGCUUUCCGCGGAGAGCGUUCUAGCGACGCAGACAGUGUCUUGCGAUGCCGACAAGUGUGUCCACCUUAACCUGUAUCAAAUCACAGGUAUCCUGGUUUAUUGGCGUACUGUGUGUGUAGGAGUAUGGCCAUGCAUCAUGUACAUGCACUUGAGUACGCGCAAAUUUGUACCGCCAGUAGCGGUGGAGCGGUCGAUAUCGGGACGGCGUUAGGGGUGAGUCUCUGUGGGGCACAGCUGGCUUUUUCCUCCUGCUGGCUUUCAUCGGAAGCAGAGAUCGAGUUUACUAGGUGACAUCGAGAAAAGAAUUUUGCCGAUUCACGACACCGUGUCUGAGUCUUUUUUUGUAGAAAAACCCUAGUCGGAAAACAGUUGAAAGAUCGCCC